GCAAAACAGGUGGGUUUUAAGCCUCGUCUUAAACACGGAAAUAGAUGGAGUCUCACGAACAGUGUCAGGUAAUGCGUUCCAAAGCUUUGGGGCCACGACACUAAAUGAACGCUUGCCAAAAGAUUAUAAACGGCAAUUUAGACAGUAGAGUAUAGAUGAACUGGUUGUGGAUCUCAGAGUUACAUGUUCACUCACUCUGAGAUCCACAGCCCCGUCCACAACGUUCAUCUCUCUGUCCACCCUGCCUAUAUACCGGUAUGUGGUAUUGAUAUUCGUUAAGGGAAACAUUAAGAAAAACAUAAUUCUUCAAAGAAUAUGUAUAGUACUAUCAAGAAACUAGAGAAGCCUAUCAAUUCGUAGCUUUAUACUGUAGGAUGGUUCUUUAAUAAGCAAAUAGGCCUACUCAGAAUCGCAAGGUAAAUAAAACAGUUCACAACAAAUUUCAAUUGGAAUUAAUGUUCGGGUAAGUAGUAUUGGUACACUAAUCGUAUUUGAAAAAAAAUCUAAAAAGUCCAAAACGAAAUUCAAUUUCGACUAAUUAUACCAGUAACGUAGUAUUAGUACAGUAUUCGUUAUAGGGAAAUAUUACGAAAAAAUAAUUCUUCAAAUAAUAGGCCCUAUGUAAUACUGUAAAAAAAACAAAACAAAAAACAAAAAACAAAAAAAAAACAAAGAAAAACAAGAACAAAAACAAAAACAACUACAGAAGUCUGGGAAAAAUCAAUAUAGAAUAAGAUAUGAUAGAACAUUUGUCUCUCCAUGAAUAGCAACGGUACUAAGCUUAGUCUUAUCUGUAUACCAAUAGUAAAGGAGCGCUACACAAAAGUACAAAAUACUGGUAAUUUAGAAUUGGUUCUCUAAUUCGUUCUCUUUCCAAUCACAUUAGCUCUCUACAAAUGCUAGAAUAUCAUAGUUUCUUAGGUAGACGGAGGAUACACAGAACCGUUGAAACUGUGUAAUAUUUCCCGUACCGAGCAGUUUCGACUCUACCCCAAAGGGAUUUCCAAUUUCUUGAGCUCGAAAUUUAAGAUUUUGUUGCAGUUUCCAAACUGAGCGAAACUGAAAAGAGCGCGUAAAAAACCUAUUUAAUAGUGUGUUGUUUAUUACUGAAUAGGCCUAUAGUACAGUAUGUAUGUUUUUAUAAUUUAUGAUACAUCUGUAAGUCUGUAUCACGCUUAUUAUUACAUUUGCAUUUCCCCGUGUCUAUUCUUAGAUGGCGUCUAGACUGUUUGCAACAUUUAUUGCAAUUGCCUGUCUUUUUGGAAAAUUUAUGUUUAAUGAGGGCGCUCCCACAUACAUCGAUGAGUCUGAAUUAUAUGACGUAAUUAGUGACGUAGAUCUGGAAUACGAUGCCACCAGCAGAGAGCGUGCGAAGUUCCCCAGUAUACAGCUUCCAAAGCCGUUUAUGAAUAACGAUCGACCUGAACCACACCCAAAACCUGUAGAAAGUAAACCCGAAUGUGAAGAGAAAACUAAACCGUCAUUUUUUAGCAAUUCUGGAUCGUCUUCACCCGAGAAUAUGAGUUUCUUAGCUAGGAUGAUAGAGCACCAACGGUUAGCACCAGCAACUGCCCCAAGCUUUCUUCCAGACGCAAACUUUCGUCCGUUUUUCCCGAACCCUCUGGUAACUUUCAUCCUCUCUUUGUAUUAUAAUUAUUUGCUUUAAACAUACAUUACCGUACAGAUUCUGUAUAUAAGGGUUUACAUGAAAUUAUUUUUCAAAACUUUUAACAGACUAAAAUGUAACAAUUUUCAUAUUCUUUGAUAGACCCUUAAAUGGACUAGUAAGCAAUUUAAAAAAAAAUGUAUGUAAAUCAGUAAGUUUGGUUUGAUCUAUUUUUCAUUAAAUUUCGAAGUCAAUAAUUUAGUUGAUCUUUAUAAGGUAUACCAAAUGUUUUUAAGAGGGUCACAGCAUAUAAGGAAUAAUCAAUAAAUAAUCUAUAAAAAAUGUUUUCAUAUUUUGUACCACGUGCUGAGCGUUUGGCUGAAAGUAGUGUUCCUACCUUGCGCUGUAGACCCGAAUUCAAAUUCGGCCAGCUUCGGGUUUCAAUUGGAGUCGGAUCGGUCUGCCACUCGAAUAACCCUCGUAUGAGAGUUAGGCGGGAUAAGGGACAAUGUAUUCGUUU